CUGCUUCCCUUCUCGUUUUUACUAGGUGAUUCAUGGCUGCCUAGCCAAAUUACCAGAAUACCCCCUCACACUGAUUUCGUCAUAAUCGGCGGCUCAGAUCUUGUUUAUGAACGUGCUUUACUAUUCUGGAAAGUAGAGAUUAAGACCUUUCCAACGCGUAUAAGCUCAUUUCUAGAAGUUACCUGAGCAGCACGCAAUGAUUCGUUGAGGUCGUCAGACUUAAUCUCUAAUUAGUUCUCUCCAGAUUUGCACGAUUUCCAUCUGUGGUAUCAGAGCCACGGUUAGAGGACGUUCUUUCCUCCAUUGGAAGAGAUCUAGGGAGGCUUGAAGUGCUCCAGAUCUAGGGUUUGACAUGGCCCAAAAGUUGGAUGGCCCUCCUAGGUUUACCGGCUCGGACUUUUCGCUAUGGAGGUUCCAGUUCACACUAUGGCUAGGUAUUAAGGACCUAGAAAGUGUGUUGGAUGGAUCGGAGAAGCGACCACGAGCUGACUCUGGGGAGGCGUCUACUGGAGCAACCAGCCAAGUGGGAUCCGGGGCUGGGGGAGCGUCGUUGAGUGGGGUGAAGGAAGGAGGAACUGCUGCAACCCAAACCGGAAGGUCGCAACCAAGUAGCGAGGAGUUGCUCAAAGCUCAAGAAGCAUGGGAUCGGAAGGAUCGCCAGGCUUUUCAGUACCUGUGUUGGGCUUUGGAGGGGCAACUUGAGCUUCUUAAGAUGCUGAUUGACCUGAAGGGGAAGGAAGGUGCAGCGGCUGCAGCUUGGAAAAGAGUACAAUAUAGGCACUUGCAGAAAGGGCUUCUAAGCGUGCUUACUUGGCGGAAGCGGUUUUACACCAUGGAGCGGAACUAUGGGGAGGGGGAGACCAUGGUUCAGUAUCUCCAGAGGGUGGAUGAGAAUGUGCGGGCUUUGGAGGAGCUGGAUUACACGGUAGAUGAGAAGGAGAUCAUCUAUACUGCGCUCCAAGGGUUGGAUCAAGCGGCUAAUGAGGCAUUACUACAGUACCUUCACCUCGAGCAACAGAAAUGGACAAAGGUGUGGAUUUGGGAGGUUAUAAUUUCAGAUGAGGCUCGCAAGGUUCAUGCUGGAAGAGGUCUAGAAGGAGGCAUGGGUGCAGCAGAUAAAGCUUCCUUCAGGAAAGGCUAUCAACAGCAAGGAGGUGGGGGGAAGAAGAAAGAGUUGGACAAAUGCCUUGUGCCCGGAUGCAACAAAAAACACUCUUGGAGGAGUUGCUGGAGUAGGCCUGAGGGAUGGAAGCCUCACGGCUACUCUGGAGAGGCCCCACCAGUGACCAAACCUGAUUGGGUGGAGAAAAGGAUGAAGAAGGGGGUCUGGAAUAAGAAGGGCAGCAAGGGAGCAACGGCCGCAGCUGCUAAGGAUGAGAAGGGGAAGGGCCAAGACGACUCCUCCGAUGAUGGUUUCUCGUUUCUCAUGCUAGGGCAGGAUGCAGCUCUCGCUGGUCGUGCAUUGGCUGAUCCCAACUUCCUGGUUCUAGACUCUGGAGCAACAUCUGGGAUGCUUCCUCGCCGUGAUCUCUUCACCUCCUACCAUCCUCUCCGACCAAAUUCGAGGAACGUGAUUGUUGGGAGCGGAGAUUUGCUGCAAGCAAUUGGCAUCGGCACGAUCACCAUUAAGGGGAAGGAGGGGGAGCUAGUGGGUGUGAAGGGGGUCCUUCACGUCCCUGGUUUGGCUGCAAACCUCCUUUCAUGCUCGCAGCUGGCUAAACAGGGAUACAUCUGCACUUUCACGGAGGGAGGGUGUACUGUUAGAAAGGGUGAAGCUGUGGUGAUGGAGGCAAAGCUGGACAAGGGUUUAUACCUUGUUUCAGCUUGUGUGCCUAAUUGUUACAAGGCACAUAUGGUUUUUUCUGAGGAAGCCGCUUGUAGCACUCGCUGGAGGCAAGUGGAAACGGUGUCACCUGAGUUGCUACACCUUCGCAUGGGGCACGCGGGGAAGCAGCAACUGCUGGAGUGUGUGAAGAAGGGGGAGCUGAAGGGGGUGGAGGUCAAGGAAGGAGCUGGGCAGCAGAGCAAAUGUCCCGACUGCACGUCUGGAAAGCUGCCAAGAACCUCAUUCCCUAUCUCCUCUGAUCAUGCCUCGACUCCCCUUGAGCUGGUGCACACGGAUGUGUGUGGACCGAUGCAAACUCCUGACCGGGAAAGGGGCAGCAGGUACUUUGUCACCUUUCUUGAUGACUUCAGUCGACUUAGCUGGGUCACCUUGGUGAAGACCAAGGAUGAGGUGGCAAAGGUGUUUAAGCGGUGGAUACGCUAUGUGGAGAGGGAAUCAGGGGCCAAGGUAAAGGUGUUAAGGUCAGAUCGGGGUGGAGAGUACCUUGGGAAAGAACUUCAAACCUUCUUGGAAGAAAAGGGUAUUACCCACCAGCUCUCUGUACCUUACACGCCGCAGCAAAAUGGGGCAGCGGAGCGGCUUAACAGGACCUUGACCGAUUUGGCUCGGGCCAUCCUUUCCCAUGCCGAGCUUGAUAACACUUGGUGGGGGGCAGCAGUGCAGUAUGCCAACUGGGUGAAGAACAGGAUGGGCAGCAAGGGGCUUGGAGGCAAGAGCCCAUACUCCUUAUGGACAGGGAAGGUGCCGAAUGUUUCCAUGGCACGAGUGUGGGGGUGCAUGGCACAGUAUAAGGUACCUGACCAGCAAAGAAGGAAGCUAGAUCCUAAGGCACAGUGGGGGAUCUUCCUUGGGGUUUCUGAGAGGAGCAAGGCUUGGGUGCUGUGGAGUGUAGCUGACCAGCGUGUGAUGGAGAGCCGUGAUGUGGUUUUCCAUGAGGGGCUGAAUUUGAAGGGGUGGAAGGAGCAUGGUACAAGCCAAAGUGGGACUUCCAUUCAAGACCCUCAUACGGCUUCUAUCUUUGAGGGGGCAUGGGAGGACCCUGGAGAUGAAGGGGAGGAGCAGCAGGAGGAGCCAGAACCAGCUGAUCCUAACCACGAGGAGUCCCGAGAGACAGAUUCUACCCCUCAGCCAGCCACGCAGGCCGAUGCGCGUGAUGAUCAGCCGGAGCAGCAUGUGCCUUCAACUCCAUCGAGAAGCAGUUGGCAGCAGUUGUUGAACCAGCAGCUGUCCAAGACUCCAAGGACUCCAAUGAAGAGGGUGACUUGGGAGGAGAAGCUGCGGAGGCUGGAAGAAGGAGAGGCAACACCUCUGCGACGCAGUGCUCGAAUUUCCCAGCCACCUGAAAGGUUUUCACCGGGGCACAUUGCACGCAUGCAUGAUCAUCUUGUGUCUGAUUUGGAUGAUUGCAUGCUUGUGGACAUGCAUGGGCAUGAGUAUGCUCUUGAUGUGUGUCUAAUGGGUCAGGUGUUUGAGUCGGCACAGCUGACAUCCAAGGUCCAUGUCACGGAAUUCGGCACAAUAGUAGACACCAACCACCCACCCUCAGUGCACCAUACCUCCAUCUUCGGCUGCACGCAGGACGAGUUUGACAACAUUCCUCCUGCGGUCCGCGGCACACACUUCGACUGCAACCCCCUCUCCCUGUGCGCCAUGGUGGUCGCCAUGUGGGCUAUUGGCGGCCGCCCCUUUGUUUACCCCCCGAGCGCUGGCUAACCCACCGGCCCCCACUACUAUACAACAGACGCACUUCACAAAUCCCGAGGGCCGCAGCGACAUCGUUGACAGCAGCGGCAUGUAUGUUAAGGUGGAGAGAACCCCCCGCCCCAUGGACGCGUCCAUCAUGCUGACCGGCCCUCUGUGGUACCAGCAGCAGAUCCGCAUCCACCCUGGACAGCCCUCUUGGAUGCUGCAGUCCGUGUGUCCGGGGGUGCGCACAAAAGAGGCGUUUGGAGCCGAGUCCGUGAGGGUCCUUGCGAGCAUGAACCACCUGCACUCGCUGGGCCGGCAGGUCUACACCGAGGCGUUCAGGGGUGGCAAAAAAGUCACCACCAUCAGAAAAAUCGAUUACUAUGAUUAUGAAUCCCAGCAGACCAUCCCAGUGUCGCCCGAGUUCGAGCUCCGCCCGAGUGAUGAGCUACGCACCACGUGUGUGUGGGACUCGACCAAGCGAGGCAACAUGAGUCCUCCUUGCUGACAUAUGAAGGGCUGCGGUGCAUUCGAUAGACUGGGUGUGCUAUGAGCUGUGAGCCGUGAGCUGUGAGCGAUGAGCUGUGCACCAUGUGUGUGUGGGACUCGACCAAACGAGGCAAUACAUGAAUUGGUGCUAUGACAUCUGUGCGUCGUUCGAGAACAACACCUUCAGCUUCGACCCCUCGAGCCCAACUCUCUCAUCGUUCUACCUGCGCGGCGCUGAGGCCACUUCCAUUAUCCCCUCGCUCAAAUCUUGCUCUAUUAACCUCGGCGCCAACCUACUCUUUGCUUUUCGGCAUGGGUGUACGAAUGAGACUGUGAAAACGCUUGAGGGUCUUCUGAUGGAGCAGGUUUCGAUUGCCAUUGCCAACAGCACCAAUGGUACCACCAGUGCUAAAUCUUCAUUGCGUGUGCAGCUGCUGCCAAUGGUGCCCUUCGCCUUUCUGCUCGUGAUCACAAUUGUCAUCUUGCCCAUGUGACCGCAUGCUGAUGAUUUUGUGCAUUUCGUUCAAGACACCAGCAGCAUGCGCACUGUAUGCGAGCCAAUGGGAUCCCUUUUAUUUAUUGUGCAUGCGUUGUAGCAUUGCACCUUGACGUAACUCUCAGAGUAGCAAAAUAACUAGAAAAGACAGUA